AUGGCGGCUCCGCAUCACCUGCUCCGGUCCCCUCACUGCGGUGGCGUCGGCAGCGCGUGGUGGGACAUCACCUCGGCGCCUCUGGUUUGCAGCCUGCUGCAUCAGGCCCCUCCUGGAGAGUUCGCCCAGGUGGUCCAGGACCUCCAGGCGCUGGUGCAGGACCAGGAGCUGCUGAGGCGUGAGGCCACCCGUGCCCGGGCCCGGCACAACAAGAGCCACUUCCCCCCAGCCCGAAUAAACGGGCACACCGUGCUCGUGACCCGCUACAACGAUUUAGGAGGAAACCGCUUCUUUGACCCGCAGGACAAACUAUCUUUUGCGUUUGACCACCUGAGUGGGCUGGCCGGCCAGUACCAGCUUCAUGACGUGCUGCUGGAUGAGGGGGAGCUGUGGAGAGGGGCCCUCCAGAAGGGCCUGGCAGCGUACGUGAGCUGCCACUUCCCCGCAGGCAACUGCUCCGUCUUCCGAAAAAACGUGAGGGAGACGCAGAUCUUUGUGGCCUGCAUUGAGGCUCACCACUACCAGCCGUCGGGAUACUGGAAUGGCCUCUGGAAGUCCGACUGGACCCUGGCCCUGACUCCAGCCACCACUCAGGUUACGGGGAUCUUCUUCCUCCAAAUGCACUACUUCAACGGUGCCAACCUCCACGUAACUGUCAGUAAGUCUGUGAGUGAACCGCUGAAGGUGAUAGACCGAAGUCAGCUUGCCAUCGAUUUUGUGAAAUUUGUGAAAGCUGAGGACACCAAGCUGCACGUCGCCAUUCUGGAGAACAUGCAGGCCUUGUCGGAGGACAUAUGGGGGAAAAAUCUGCGGAGGAAACUCCCUAUCACUCGCACUUUUAUAAACUGGAACAGACUGUUGAAUGAGCAGCGUCUGUAG